UUUUUUGUUUCAGCUAUAGCCUGGAUAUAUGUAUAAAUGGCAUUACUUGCAGGGAAGCGAAAUGGGAAAAUCUCAUUCAAAAAUCUUGUAAGAUCGAUUAUCAGAGCCAGUCGAUGGAAGAUAUCAAUAGUUGGCGCAAAAGAUGGAACAAGUUCUGAAGAUUUGGCGAACAAAACAUGGUACGAAGACAAAGACACAUUGCAUUUCAACGUGAACGCUUUCAAAGCAGGAAAUUCUAGUAACGCUGGAUUAUCAAAAAGAGCAAAAUUUAUUCUGAUGAAAAAUGCGUGGGAAAGAACAGAAGAAGAACUCGAACUCAUUCAUACAGUCGUCGACCAAAUGAAGUGUUUUGAAAAAUAUCCUCCUAUGGUACGGCGAGAGCUUACACGAGUGAUGCAUUUUGAAACAUUUGAAGACGGCCGCGUGAUGCUGCAAGAGGGUCAUCAAGGAUUUUCGAUGUAUUUUAUUGUUGCUGGAAGUGUCAUUGUUCAGGUGAGCCAAGAAGAUGGUCGAACGCACGAAAAGAGGACGCAGACGGUUGGUGAAAUUUCAGCAGGAUCUUCAUUUGGAGAAUUAGCUCUGAUUCAAGAUUGCACCAGAACAGCAACUAUUGUAUGUAAAGGAACGUCUCAGUUUCUGAGAGUUGAUAAACCUGAUUUCGACAUGGUUUUAAGACGAAGUUACGAGAAGGAAUGGGAUGACCGCCUGCAAGUUCUAUUAUCAAUUCCAUUCUUCAAGCAAUGGAACGAUUUCGAUAUGAGAAAUUUGAACUUGAACUGUAGAAUUGAAGAAUUUUCGUCAGGUUCUGUUAUUGUUGGAAAUACGAGUGAAGUUUCAGAAAACGUAUACUUCGUCGUGUUUGGAGUUUGCAAAUUAAUCAGACAAGUCAAAGUACUUCUAACAUUUCACGAUGGUAAAACUAUCAUCACAUUACCAAACAAAUCUUCCAGACUCAGCAGCAAUAAUACCAAAGCAAGCUAUGAAACCACGAAAAUACAAACUAGAUUCUUAGAAAUAGGUCUCAUUGAACAUGGCGAUUAUUUUGGCGUUGGAGAAAACAUGUCUGGUGCUUAUGUAAUUGCAUCAGGAAGAGUUGAAUGCCUUGUGAUUCCAAGGCACGUUAUUUUAUCUCUGGAACGCCUGGAUACUACGAGUGAGAAAGUCAUUAGAAAAGUAGGAGCAGUGAAAGAAAUGCUCAAACACACUAAGUCAAGAAUGCUGUCUGAAGAAGAAGCUUAUGACAAAUGGAUGGUCAACUUAGGAUGGAAAAAUUACAAGAAAAAGAUUGCCUCUGAAAUAUUGUCUUUGCGUGGAAUUGAGUAUAAGCGACAAACAGGAAAGCCAUCGGGACUUCCGAAAUUGCAAGAAAGAAAGAAAAUCGAACCAAACCUUCAUCAUAAGAGAAAUAUCGUCUUGAAUACACAAAAAAAGAAAAUGGCUUCAAGCCUUGACGAAUUACGGUAGUUCAAUACAGCACGAAGUUCACUUAAAGAAUUCUUUGUUUUAUGUGGUAGUUAUUGUAUAUAUUUAUAUAUACGCCAGUGUUCCAUCCCUUUUCUUAUGUUUUGAAUGUAAUAUUAAUAAAAGUUAAUAUUUUGCUUUAAAUGGUGUAGUUUGUGAAUUUUGAAAUAUACGUCAAUAAACUCUUUAUUUUAUACCUACCA